AACUUGAUUGACCUCCUCUCCAAGAAAAGAAAAUGCAGAGAAGACUCACCACUCGGCAGGCCUUGGAAAUGAUCCUGAGUGAAGUAAACCCUUGUGACUCAGAUGGAGAAGACAGAACUUCAGCCGGAUUCGGACUCAGAUCUGUCUGAUCUGUCUUCAGGUUAAGUUUCAUUUCAUAUUAUUUCCUAUUUCAUUUCAAACCAGUAAGUGGAAAACACCAAAAAAGCAGAGUGGAGUGACAUAAAUAUUUACUCUGCCUUUUUUGUAUUGUCCACUUUUUUGUUUGUACUACUUAGCAGACAUUCACUGCCAUCUGAAGUGCAAAACAUUAUUAGUUGUUUCUUUGCUUUAGUUGUAUCUUUUUAUUUAGGAAGAUAUUUCAGAAAUUAUUCCGAUACAGAGAAGGAGAUACUGGAAUUAUUAUUAGUAUCUAUGCAUGCAUUUGUGAUAUCAUUUGACUUUUCCAUUGCUCACAAUUUGAAUUUGUUCACACUGCAGAUGAGGAGACUGCUCCUCAACCAAAAAAAGAGAGCCCGUUUGGGGACUGACCUGACAGAGACAGCGAAAGAUGGCACAGUGUGGCGUGAAGAACAGGUGGGGACGCGUCUCCCUUUCACCCCAAUCAAAGCGUACGCUGCAGAUGGAGAGCCAACGGCUAAGGCCAGGAAAAGUAUCUCGAGUCGCCUUCAGAGCUUCCUGUGUUUCAUCACUCUUGACAUGCUUCAUACCAUUCAAGAAUGGACUAUUCAACAUGCACAGGAAACGGAGCAUGUUCAUUGGUUCAUGGCCCUCCCUGAACUAAUGGCAUUUAUUGCAAUUGUCAUCUUGCGGGGGCUUACCAAGGUUCCAUCACUACGUGACUGCUGGUCAGCAAACCUGGGAAACCCACAUAUCAUUGGAACAAUGUCACGAAACCGCUUCCAAGACAUCAUGCGACACCUACGCUUUGAUGACAGGUCCACCCGGAGUGAUCGAGCAAAGACUGAUAAGUUUGCUGCAAUUUCCAGUGUGUGGGGAUCAUUUGUCACCAAUUGCAUCACGUCCUACAACCCUGGUCUACAUAUCACCGUUGAUGAACAGCUUUUCCCGUCAAAGACUCGCUGCUGUUUCCUGCAGUAUAUUGCAACUAAACCUGACAAAUUUGGGAUCAAGUUUUGGGUGGCUUGCGACCUAAAAUCCAAGUACAUUUGUAAUGUCCUCCCAUAUCUUGGCAAGGACCCUAGUCGUCCCAGUGGAAAGAGACUGUCUGAAAAUGUAGUGAUGAGGCUGAUGGAACCAUUCCUAGACAAGGGCAGAAAUGUUACCACGGACAAUUUCUUCACAUCGCUGUCACUUGCGCAUAAACUUCUUAGCCGGAAAACCACCAUCCUCGGCACAGUCAACAAGAUUCCCCGGGAAAUCCCUCAAUCCACUAGACACACAGAUCGCAAUGAAUUCACCACUCAGGUGUUUUCAACCACUGCUGCUACGCUGACGGCGUAUGCGCCCAAACGGAAGAAGACCAUCUACAUUCUUAGCAGCAUGCACAGCGUGAUUCAGACUGAUAAUACCACCAAAAGGAAGCCAAACACUGUCACCCUUUACAACACCACAAAGUGCGGCGUGGAUGUGAUGGACCAGAUGGUGCGGGAGUACACUGUCCGCACAGGGACACAGCGCUGGCCAGUUGCCGUGUUCUAUAACAUGAUUGACAUGGCAGCACUGAAUGCACAUGUGCUGUAUCAAGCAUGCACCGGAAGGCAGGAAAGACGGGUGGACUUCCUGGUGGAGCUUGCAAGAGAGUUGGCUAACUCUCAUAUGUGUGCGAAGAAGGCAAAAAAAGAACAAUUGCUUCGGACACAACCCUCCACACCUAGCCCUGGAAAAAGAGCCAUGUGUCAGGUCAAACACCAAUGCAAGAACAAUCAUGCCACUGUGCAAUGUGUUCACUGCUACAGAUACACAUGUGGUAAAUGCAGACGGGAGAUACCAUGGCAGUGCCAGGAUUGUGAGUGAUUGCUGGAAUGUACUCACUCACUUUUUAAUAUUAUUUGUAAAUAUGUGUACAAAUGGUUGGUUUCUUUAUUUUAUUU